UGAUGAUGAUCGUUCUUUGCAACCUUCGCUCGAAUUUUUUCGUACUGGUGGUGCAGAAUGUGUUGACUUUUGAAGAACUUGAGCUUGGAGGAAGCCCGACUUCUCGUCUCCUCAGCCGUUUCUUUAGGUGGUGAGGUCCAUCUGGACCUGAGCCUAGUUUUGUCACCAUGAUCGGAGGAUUAUUUCUGUACAACCAUAAAGGAGAAGUCCUGAUUUCUCGCGUAUACCGUGACGAUAUCGGGAGGAAUGCAGUCGACGCUUUCCGUGUUAGUGUCAUCCAUGCCCGGCAACAAGUCCGAUCACCUGUGACCAACAUUGCACGAACUAGUUUCUUCCACAUUCGUUGUGCAAAUCUAUGGCUGGCGGCUGUCACCAAGCAGAAUGUGAAUGCAGCCUGUGUUUUCGAAUUCCUGCACAAGACCGUGGCUAUCUUGGAGUCCUACUUCGGCAAGCUGACGGAAGAGUCGGUCAAAAACAAUUUCGUCUUGAUCUACGAAUUGCUGGAUGAGGUUUUGGACUUUGGAUACCCACAGAAAACAGACGUAGGAAUUCUGAAGACAUACAUCACGCAACAAGGCGUGAAAACCCAGUCCGCUGCUGAGCAAACACAGAUCACGAGCCAGGUGACGGGACAGAUCGGAUGGCGCCGGGAGGGAAUCAAGUACAGAAGAAAUGAACUCUUCCUGGAUGUCUUGGAGAGCAUCAACUUGUUGAUGUCUGCUCAAGGACAAACCCUCAGUUCACAUGUCUCUGGCCGUGUCGUAAUGAAAAGUUUCCUGUCCGGCAUGCCUGAGUGCAAGUUUGGUCUCAACGACAAGCUGGUCCUGGAGAAGCAGUCCAAGGCUUCUACGCAGGAAGCAGCUAGUGUUGAGAAGAAGGCUGGAGCCAAGAACAGUAUUGCAAUUGAUGACUGUACUUUCCAUCAGUGCGUCAAAUUGAGCAAAUUCGAGACUGAGCGCAGCAUCAGCUUUAUUCCUCCAGAUGGCGAAUUUGAACUCAUGAGAUACCGUACAACCAAGGACAUUUCCCUUCCGUUCCGUGUUAUCCCCCUUGUGCGUGAGACUGGUCGAACAAAGUUGGAGAUCAAGGUUGUUGUCAAGUCAAACUUCAAGCCCCAGCAGCUGGCACAAAAGAUUGAGGUACGGAUACCAACUCCAUCCAACACAGCUGGCUGCCAGCUCCUGUGCUUGAAGGGCAAAGCAAAGUACAAGGCCUCUGAGAAUGCCAUCAUCUGGAAGAUGCGACGUAUGGCUGGCCUCAAGGAGUCUCAGAUCAGUGCUGAAGUUGAGUUGCUUCCAAGCAGUGAUAGCAGUGCGGCACAGAAGCAAGUCACCAAAGCUCCCAUCUCAAUGAAUUUCGAGGUGCCGUUUGCUUGCUCUGGCCUGAAGGUCCGCUACUUGAAGGUGUUCGAGCCCAAGCUGAACUACAGCGACCAUGACACUGUCAAGUGGGUGCGCUACAUUAGCCGUAGCGGUGCGUAUGAGACAAGAGUUCAGUAAGAGACUGGUAGCUGUCAGGAUUUGUUCUUUUGUUUGUCAUCCUUGGCUAGUGACGGCUUCUACAUUUUGUUUAUAGUGUGUGCCUUCUUUCAUUCCUCUUUUUGCCUUCCUUUAACGUUUAGCUGCCAAUUGCUUUUUCUAGCAUGCAACAUGGCUGUGCCAUCCCCGUAACCCCCACGUUGUGCAUAUUUUAUUCUCCAUCAUAUAGUUUUAUCAUAUCUCUUUUCUUGUACGCAAACGCCAACGCAGCCACAUCGAAAAGCUCUCCCAAUUACACUGUUUACUAUCUCUGAGCAGUGGGAUUUGAGGAUUUUCUGGUGCGGAGCAUGUAUUUGGUAGGCCUUUUAACGAUGCAGGUCUGUACGUACGUCCUCUCUCUCUCUCUCUCUCUCUCUCUCUCUCUCUCUCUCUCUCUCUCUCUCUCUCUCUCUCUCUCUCUCUCUCUCUCUCUCUCUCGGCUGUUCUGCGAAAAAGAAUGAUCAUCUGCUGGUGCUUCUCUGCAUGCUAUCCAGGAGCAGCAGUGAGUGGUGACUGGUCUUAUAGUUGCUUGUCGCAUCCGUCUCCUGCAUUCCCUGCCGUUCACCCCACGUUCUUGUUUUCUCCAGUUUUGUUUGCUGUUAGUCAUUGCUUGCUUCGCUGCUUGUAUUUAGAGGUUCAAAUUAUGUGAAGCAUGCAUGUGGGAUGAUUGUUUUUGGUUUUUUGGUUUUACACAUUUACUAGAACCCUGCUGCGAUGUGUAGGUUCCCUUUUUGUCUGUAUCAUAAGUUGUGGCAUGGCAUGUUCAUAUUUGACAAAUAUUUUCAACAGA